UAAAAAUUUUAAAUAACAAUUCGUUUCAAAGCACAAAAAAAAAAAAAAAAAAAAAUAAUUCGUGUGGCAUAAUGUUCAAGAACGCAAAAUUGUUGCUGGCAAAUAGGCAACUUAUCGGUUGCACCUACACACAAUUCACAGCUGCCGGCAGAAACGUGAACUGUCCUCAACGAGACUUCUUCACUUUUAGUGAUCUUACAAACAAGAAUCGGGAAUAUGCCAAAAAGGAGUUAAUUGGAUACUCGAUGCAAGAAAUGUAUGAUGUGGUCGCCGACGUAUCGAACUAUUAUAAGUUUGUGCCAUACGUGAAAAAAUCACUCGUACACAGUAAGCGCAAUGACGGCUUCAAGGCUGACUUAAUUGUCGGUUUCCCACCGCUAAACGAAAGUUAUACAUCAAACGUUUCGCUUCAAAAUCCUGUGCUGGUAAAAUCUGUAUGCACAGAUGGAAGAUUAUUCAACUAUUUGCGUAACAAUUGGCGAUUUAGUCCCGCUCUGAAGGAUAUUCCACAAUCUUGUGUUGUGGAUUUCAAAGUAACUUUCGAAUACACAGCAAUAUUGCUGUGCAAUAUUGCUGUGUAUCAACGGUUUGAAUUCGAAAGCUACUUUGAAAUCCACAAUACAAGAUUGUGGAAUAUCCUUCAGACCGGGACUAAAUCGCCAAUUGUUACGCAAAUAGUUGAAUAAUCUUCCAUCUGUGCAUACAGAUUUUACCAGCACAGGAUUUUGAAGCGAAACAUUUGAUGUAUAACUUUCAUUCAGCGGUGGGAAACCGACAAUUAGGUCAGCCUUGAAGCCGUCAUUACGCUUACUGUGUACGAGUGAUUUUUUCACGUAUGGCACAAACUUAUAAUAGUUCGAUUUCAAAGUAACUUUCACAGCAAUAUUGCUGUGUAUCAGCGGUUUAUUUUAUUUAUUUAUUAUUAUUGAAAAAGGAUAAGAUAAUUAUGCCUUAACAAUCUAGAAAAAGCGUUAGCAACUAAGGCCAUCAGCUUCUUAAAAUUAAUUUAUUUCUACUAUGUGUACAAAUAAGACUUAUGUAUAAAUA